AAGCAACCCAACAUAAGGGCAUUUAUGACACGAUAAGGAAUGGAAAAUUCAGUGCUCAUACCUCCUAUCAUACUACAGAUUUAUAGCAGUGGCAGUGUGGCUUGUCGUUUUCUCAUCCUGCUCUAUUUAGCCUUCAGCACCUCUGAACUCAGCUGUCAGCUCGAGUUCAGAAAAAAAAAUUAACAAAUCACACUGCUUUAAUGGGGCGAUCGCCAUGCUGUGAGAAGAUUGGACUGAAGAAAGGCCCGUGGACACCGGAGGAGGAUCAGAAGCUGCUUGCCUACAUUCAGGAGCACGGACAUGGGAGUUGGCGAGCAUUGCCUGUGAAGGCGGGUGAGUAUUCUACCAUCUUCCCAAUGAACAUUGUUCGUGAGAUCUCGACCAACAGUCUUGCAGGCUUGCAGAGGUGUGGGAAGAGCUGCAGACUGAGGUGGACAAACUACCUGAGACCGGACAUCAAGAGGGGCAAGUUCAGCUUGCAAGAAGAGCAGACCAUCAUCCAGCUUCAUGCUCUUUUAGGCAACAGGUGGUCGGCCAUUGCAACCCAUCUACCAAAUCGCACGGACAAUGAGAUCAAGAACUACUGGAACACACACCUCAAGAAAAGGCUGGCCAAGAUGGGGAUCGAUCCUGUCACCCACAAAUCUAUCAGUGGCACUCGCAUUGGCACCACAAACGACAAAUCAACCAAGGCCGCCGCAAGCCUCAGCCACAUGGCACAAUGGGAGAGCGCCCGCCUCGAGGCUGAGGCACGGCUGGCUCGAGAAUCGAAGAUACGGACAGCAACGCCAACACCAACUGCUCUCCAUGCGCAGCCAACGAUACUACCUGCCUCUGCUGCUUCUCCAUGCCUUGACGUGCUUCAUGCAUGGCAGGGUGCAAAGAUAGACCUGGAGUCUCCAACCUCCACGCUGACGUUUACAGGGAGUAAUAGUGGAACGCUGCCAACCCCCAGGACCAAUAGACUAGACGUAUCAGAAAGCAACUGUGCAGUGUGGCAUCAGAGGAGUGAUGACUUGGAGGAUGAAGAAAACGAUUGGCAGAUCUUCAGCAAGCACCAAUUGCUGGAACUCGACAGCAAGGAGAGGGAAGAGGACUUCAUUGGUUGUGAGGAGCCGUGGUUCUCAGAGAUGGCUGGGGUUGGAGCUGGCUUCACUGGCAUGCUGCUUGGUGUAUCCAAUGAGCAUGAUGCAUCAGAAUGCUGGGGUGAGUCCAAUAAUGGCCAAACUGAGCGCAGCAACCAAGCAUCAGAUGAGGAGGACAAGAAUUAUUGGAAUGGUGUCCUUGACAUGGUAAACUCAGAGCUGACACCCAAGUCGCCUCCAUUUGUCUAGACUCUAGAAUACAGUCCCCUCCGUUUUAUUUCAAGUACUCCUGAGCAAAAUCUAUUGGAUCAUCUCAAGUCAAAAGAGAAACAGAACAAGCACUACAAAUAAAUGCUGCAUGUGCUACAACAAUAUGUUUUUUUUGUCCAUGCAUGUGAAAGUGAAAUAAUUAACUAUUG